UUCGAGUUUUCCGUAAAAAGUAUAAAAAAUUAAACCGAAUCAAAGUUUGAUUGUUUGAACUGGCUAUCUACGUGAAUACUCUACAAAUAACGGAUGAAUUACAUACCAUAGUUAAUAUUCUUCGGGAACGCCUUGUUUGUUACAUAUCUAAAUCGCAUGCUUAAUUUUGUAGAAUACAAAUAUGAAGUAAGUUAUCCGGAGGAAAAAAUAUUAAAGAGGAAGUUUAGGGAACGGAAUGAAGAUCCGAAGAUAUACAUCGAGAGUGAGGGAGGGUUUACCAUAUCAAAAUUAUAUAAAUAAAUCAAGAACGGCCACAUAAGUUUCAUUUUCUAUAUUUUGGGCAUGCUGAAGUCAUUAACAUUUUGAUGUAAUUUCCUCAAAACGAAGCGCGAAUAAAAUCAUUGGAAAUCUUUUUUUUUCAAACACGCACAAUGAAUAUGCAUGCAUGUCAAUCAUGUUGACUUCUCUCACACCCAUAGCUUUUGAGACAAAGUGAAUUAAAAUCAAUGUAUUUAGUAAUAAUAAUAAUAAUAAUAAUAAUAAUAACAAUAAUAAUAAUUGAUAGGAUGAGUCCAAAUCCAGGUCUCUUAUUAAAAGACCACAAAUUCAACCACUCCUCCAUAAUCUCUAAAGGUUCAUCUAAAAAUAAAGCAAGUAAGAAAACACUUCUCUCUCUUUUUUGUUCUGAUCUUCAAUACACCAACGAGCGAAUGGGAAGGGCUCCAUGUUGCGACAAGACAAAGGUGAAGAGAGGGCCUUGGUCUCCCGAGGAAGACUCUAAGCUUAGAGGUUACAUUGAGAAGUAUGGUAAUGGUGGAAACUGGAUCUCUUUUCCUCUCAAAGCCGGUUUGAGGAGAUGUGGGAAGAGUUGUAGAUUGAGGUGGUUAAACUAUUUGAGACCAAACAUAAAACAUGGUGACUUUUCUGAGGAAGAAGACAGGAUCAUUUUCAGCCUCUUUGCUGCCAUCGGAAGCAGAUGGUCAAUAAUAGCAGCUCAUCUACCCGGAAGAACAGACAACGACAUCAAAAACUAUUGGAACACAAAGCUAAGGAAGAAACUCAUGUCUUCUUCGUCUUCCUCUCACUCAUCAUCAGCCAUGACUUCUCCUUUUCUAAACCCUAAUUCUCAGGAUGUGAAAAGACCAUCAACCACAAUUUCACCUUCUUCCUACAAUCCGUAUUUUGAAAACCCAACAAAAGCUCUCAUCUCAAACAUCGAUUGCUUUGAAGCUGAUAACCACCAGAUCUUUCCCUUUGUUAACCCUAAUUAUCCUCAAGAUAUCUCUCUAUCAGAGAGCAGCAACAACAACAUUUCGGGCACAAGUGGUUUCUCGCUCAACCACAAUAUGUGUGGUCACUACAGCAACCACAACAAUUUCUCCUCAGACGUUAGUGGAAAUAGAUCAGAGAUUAUAAUGAAGCAAGAAGAGAUCAUGAUGUUGAUGAUGAUAGACAACCACAUUGACCAGAGGACAAAAGGGUACGAUGGGGAUUUCACACAGGGGUAUUACAGUAACUACAUUAAUGGACAUGGGGAUUUGAAGCAAAUGAUUAGUGGAACAGGCACUAAUUCUAACAUAAACAUGGGUGGUUCAGGUUCAGAAUCAGCUUCAUCUUCUAGUUCCAUAAGCAACCACCUAGCUGAGAACAAAAGCAGUGGUAGCCUCCUACAACACAAGUGUUUGCCCUAUUUCUACUCCUAGUUCUUCUAGACUCUCUUGUCUUCUUAUAUAAAUAUAUCUUGGACUGACUGUUAAUAAAUUCAAAGAUUUGAUGGGGUAUGGGAGGAGAGAGAAUGAGAGAAUGUGUGUGUAAGAGAGAAAGACUAUGAUCAGCUUCUAUGGAAUUUUGUGUUUUCGUUUAUUAUUAUAUUUUCGAUCUUUGUAAGAGAUAUCUAGUUAAAAAGAGACAAUGGGCGAUUUGAUUUGAUGAAACCAAAAAGGAUGUAUUCAUGGUUGAA